AACCGUGACUAUAUUACUAUUCAGCUACACCGCGAUCUUAUCUUUCACCACUACAACCACCUACUUUCAUACGCACAUAUUAAUCAUGGCGGAUGCAAGUAAUCUAGCAGCAAAGAUGGAUGUUGACGAAGCCGCGAUUGAUGAAGGCUUGUACUCUCGUCAACUCUAUGUUUUAGGGCAUGAGGCGAUGAAGAAGAUGGCUGCCUCCAAUGUACUGAUCGUCGGGUUGCAAGGCCUCGGAGCUGAGAUUGCAAAGAACGUUUGUCUGGCAGGUGUCAAGUCCGUGACGUUGUAUGACCCAGAACCGGUCACCAUGCAGGAUCUCAGCUCACAAUACUUCCUUCGCGAAAACGAUAUCGGAAAGCCGCGCGCAGCAUCCACCCUACCUCGUUUAGCCGAACUGAAUGCUUACGUCCCCGUCCGGAAUCUUGGAGGAAAUGCAGGACAGGAAAUCUCAGUUGAUUUAAUACGACCUUUCCAAGCCGUUGUCUUAUGUGGCGUCUCUUACGAGAAACAAGUUGAGAUCAACGACUGGACACAUCAGAAUGGUGUUCACUUUAUCUCAGCGGAGACCCAUGGUCUUUUUGGCUCCGUCUUUAAUGACUUUGGUCCAAAAUUUACUUGCGUGGAUCCUACAGGCGAGCAAGCUCUUACCGGAAUGAUUGUGUCAGUGGAAAAAGACAAGGAAGGGCUGGUAACAUGCCUCGAUGAAUCAAGACACGGUCUUGAAGAUGGCGAUUUUGUCACGUUCACUGAAGUGCAGGGCAUGACUGAACUGAAUGGUUGUAAUCCUCGCAAAGUCACAGUGAAGGGUCCAUAUACUUUCACCAUCGGUGACACUUCCGACCUAGGAGAGUAUGUUCGAGGUGGGAUCUUUACCCAGGUGAAAAUGCCCAAAAUCCUCCAGUUUAAAUCCUUGCGAGAGUCGCUUGCAGCUCCAGAGUUCUUCAUGACAGACUUUGCCAAGUUCGAUAGGCCUGCUACUCUCCAUGCAGGGUUCCAGGCUUUAUCACAAUUCAAGGCACGACACCAGUGUCUACCUCGGCCCCGAAACGCAGAAGAUGCUGCUUCCCUGGUAGCUUUGACGAAGAAAUUAGAUGCUGAUGCUGAUGAGAAGAUUAUCACAGAGCUGGCAUACCAAGCAACCGGAGAUUUACCGCCCAUCGCAGCUGUAAUUGGUGGGUUUGUGGCACAAGAAGUGCUGAAAGCAUGCUCUGCGAAGUUCCAUCCUAUGCUCCAGCACUUGUAUUUCGAUUCUUUGGAGUCGUUGCCGACCACACUGCCGACUGAACAAGAUUGCCAACCCCUUGGUAGCCGGUAUGAUGGACAAAUUGCAGUGUUUGGCAAGUCCUUCCAGGAUAAGCUUGCCAAUCACCGUCAGUUCCUCGUCGGUGCAGGAGCAAUCGGGUGUGAAAUGUUGAAGAACUGGAGCAUGAUGGGUCUCGCUACCGGGCCCGACGCUACGAUUCAUGUCACCGACCUAGACACCAUCGAGAAGAGUAACCUGAAUCGCCAAUUCCUCUUUCGUGCCAAAGAUCUCGGAAAAUUCAAGUCUGAAGUCGCAGCGGCAGCAGUUGCAGACAUGAAUCCAGCUCUCAAGGGCCAUAUUCUCUGUAGACAAGAUCCUGUUGGUCAGGCGACAGAAAAUGUCUUCGAUGACGACUUUUUUUCGGGGAUCGACGGUGUUACAAAUGCAUUGGAUAACGUUGCUGCACGUGUAUACAUGGAUCAGCGUUGCAUUUUGUAUGAAAAACCACUCCUAGAAUCUGGUACCAUGGGCACAAAAGGCAAUACCCAAGUUGUGAUUCCCCAUCUCACCGAGUCGUACUCGUCUUCGCAAGAUCCCCCAGAGAAGCAGACAUUGUCGUGCACAGUCAAAAACUUCCCGAAUGCCAUUACACACACGAUUGAGUGGGCUCGGCAAGAGUUCGACGCAAUGUUUGUUAAGCCUGUGGAAUCUGUCAAUCAAUAUCUUUCGGAGCCUAACUACCUCGAGAACUCCCUCAAAUACUCAGGCCAAUCACAUGACCACAUCUCCCAGAUUGUUUCAUAUCUGGUUACCAACAAGCCUUUGACUUUCGAGGAGUGUAUUAUCUGGGCUCGCCUGCAGUUCGAGGAGAAGUUUAACAACGCUAUCCGUCAGCUUCUCCACAGUCUUCCAAAGGAUCAUGUUACCAGCACGGGCCAGCCGUUCUGGAGUGGGCCGAAGAGGGCACCAGACCCACUUGUAUUCGACUCUUCAGAUCCCACACAUCUUUCUUUUAUCAUUGCUGCAGCAAAUCUUCAUGCCUAUAAUUACGGCCUCCGAGGAGAGACCGAUCCUGUAGUUUUCAAGAGGGUUGCAGACUCUGUGAUCGUUCCCGAGUUCUCUCCAAGGAGCGGAGUGAAGAUCCAGAUUACCGAAACCGAUCCCGUCAAUCAAUCGUCUUCUGAUCCUGACAACGUCUCCGACUUGGUCAAGAUGCUGCCUCCUCCAUCGUCACUUGCUGGCUACCGUCUCACUCCUGUCGAGUUUGAGAAGGACGAUGAUACUAACCAUCACAUCGAUCUCAUUACCGCUGCGUCAAACCUUCGUGCGAUGAACUACAACAUCACCGUCGCCGAUCGUCAUACCACAAAGCAGAUAGCAGGCAAAAUCAUUCCCGCCAUCGCUACUACUACCGCGCUCGUCGUCGGUUUGGUGUGUCUUGAACUUUACAAGAUCAUAGAUGGAAAGAAUAAGAUAGAUGACUUCAAGAACGGUUUUAUCAACCUUGCUUUACCUUUCUUCGGGUUUUCGGAGCCCAUCGCUGUCGCAAAGAACAAAUUCCAAAAUACUGAGUGGACCCUUUGGGACCGGUUGGAGUUCAAGAAUGACCCAACGCUCAAGGAGUUCAUCACUUGGUUUAAGACUAACCACAACUUAGAUGUCAGCAUGGUUAGUCAGGGCGUGAGCAUGCUCUGGAGUUCGUUCACGGACAAGAAGAAGAGCGCUGAGAGGAUGCCUAUGAAAUUCACUAGGCUGGUAGAGCACGUCAGCAAGAAGCCUAUUCCCCCGCACGCCAAGCACCUUUUGGUUGAAGUCAUGCUCAUGGAUGAGGAGAUGGAGGAUGUUGAGGUGCCUUUUAUCCUGAUAAAGAUUUGAAAGCAAACGAAGAAGUCCCAUGUACUACGUAGACAAUCAAGUACUGUAUAAUUGCAUCUGAAUGAAGCCAUCCUCUGGACGUCAAGCAUGUGUGCA